AUGAAGCGCGACCCCGAGAAGCUGGGCGGGCAGCCCCGUGCCAACGGCUGCAGCCUCGCAGGGCACGGCUGCCGCCUGAAGAACGGCUACGUACGAGGCUUCUCCGGCGCGGAGCCCGACAGCCAGAUUCAUCAUAUUGCUCACAAUGGAGGCUUAUAUAAAAGACCUUUCAAUGAAGCUUUUGAGGAAACGCCAAUGCUGGUUGCUGUACUAACUUAUGUAGGCUACGGCGUGCUCACUCUUUUUGGAUAUCUUCGAGACUUUCUGCGGUACUGGAAAAUUGAGAAAUGUCAUAAUGCAACAGAAAGAGAAGAACAAAAGGACUUUGUCCCUCUAUACCAAGAUUUUGAGAAUUUCUAUACAAGGAACCUCUAUAUGCGCAUAAGGGAUAGCUGGAACAGACCACUCUGCAGUGUACCAGGAGCCAAAGUAGACAUACUGGAACGGGUUACUCAUGAUUACAAUUGGACAUUCAUGUACACAGGAAAAGUGAUAAAAGACGUAAUUAACAUGGGCUCCUACAACUACCUUGGAUUUGCAGAGAAUAGCGGAGUUUGCAAGGAUGCAGUGGCUAAAGUUCUCUCACAGUAUGGAAGUGGGAUAUGCAGUACAAGGCAAGAGAUGGGAGAUUUGGAAAAACAUGAGGAGAUGGAAACCUUACUGGCCAAAUACCUUGGUGUGGAGUCUGCUAUGGUAUAUGGAAUGGGAUUUGCAACCAACUCAAUGAACAUUCCUGCAUUGGUUGGCAAGGGCUGUCUAAUACUGAGUGAUGAGUUGAAUCAUGCGUCUCUAGUACUAGGAGCAAGACUUUCAGGAGCAACAAUUCGAAUCUUCAAACAUAACAAUAUGCAGAGCUUGGAGAAGCUGCUCAAAGAUGCUAUUGUGUAUGGGCAACCUCGCACACACAGACCCUGGAAAAAAAUUCUCAUCAUUGUCGAAGGCAUAUACAGCAUGGAGGGCUCUAUAGUCCGACUACCUGAAGUAAUUGCCCUUAAGAAGAAAUACAAAUCUUACCUGUACGUGGAUGAAGCUCAUAGUAUAGGAGCACUGGGUCCCAAUGGCCGGGGUGUAGUGGAGUAUUUUGGACUUAACCCUGAGGAUGUGGAUAUUAUGAUGGGGACAUUCACCAAGAGCUUUGGAGCUGCUGGAGGUUACAUUGGAGGCAAGAAGGAGCUGAUUGAUUACCUCCGUGUCCACUCCCACAGUGCGGUAUAUGCUACAUCAUUAUCCCCUCCCAUUCUUGAGCAAAUCAUCACAUCAAUGAAGUGCAUUAUGGGUCAAGAUGGCACAACACUUGGCAAGCUACGUAUACAACAGUUAGCUGAGAACACCAGGUAUUUCCGCAGGCGGCUUAAGGAAAAUGGCUUUAUCAUCUAUGGAAAUGAAGACUCCCCUGUUGUUCCUUUGAUGCUCUAUAUGCCAGCAAAAAUUGGCGCAUUUGGACGAGAGAUGUUGAAACGACACAUAGGUGUAGUGGUUGUGGGUUUUCCUGCCACUCCAAUCAUUGAAUCCAGAGCCAGAUUUUGUUUGUCUGCAGCUCAUACCAAGGAGAUACUUGAUGUUGCUUUAAAGGAAAUAGAUGAAGUUGGAGACAUGUUGAUGUUGAAAUAUUCCCGUCAUCGAUUAGUACCUCUUCUCGACCGACCUUUUGAUGAGACUACCUAUGAAGAGACCGAAGACUGAGUUCUUUCCAUGUCUUUUUAUACAUGGGGCACACUCCUCAGAACUCUCUGUGGCUCAGAGGCCAAGGUUCUUGAACCAAACACUUAAUGACUGCUUAGCAUAAACAGAAUGACUUUUUACUCACAAAACUGAAGUGACCAUAGCAGCCCUAGAUGGUGUGUUGUAAAUGGCAAAAAAACCACAAACCCUUGGCUUUUAUUCCUGUUGCUUCAAAGUCAUGCCCUAGGGAGGAGCUUGGCUUACACUUUAAAAUGCUGCUUCUUUAUUUAUUUGUCACAGUGAGAUCACAGUGGCCACUGUUAGCAGUGGAUGCAUUGCACAUCACACUGCCAUGUGGGCAUUGUUAAUGUGUCUUAAGAUGCUGCAGUGCUUCUGUCACAACAUUUCCUUUUUCAUGACUAAAAUCUAACCUUCAGAGUGCAAAACCAGGCAGUUCAUGCAGGCAAGGCUUCUGAGGAAAUCGUUGACAGCUAACUUAAAUAUAUUUAACAAAAAAUAAUCAACCAAAGUGUUUUCUUUUUCCAUUUACUUUGUGCUUUUUUGGUCUUUCUGAUUAUUAAAAUGUUGGCUGGCUUUGCCACUUAAGGCACAAAAGAGGAGAUCUUCCAGGGCCUUAGCCUCAUUGGGUUUUUUAGUCUGGAUUACAAGUGUUCCUUCGUUAGGGUAAGUAGCAAAGGAUAUUUCAAAGCAGGAUAGAUCUUUGCGUGGGCAUUUUCCUUUCCUUGUGUAGAAUUACUCCAGCUCUCAAGGUGCAGCCACACUUCCAUUUCCCACAAUGAGAUCUAGUGCUGCUUGUUAGAUCAGUGAAUGGCCCAGCUGGCAGAUAACGAGAAGCCACUGUGGGUGAAUUUCCCUGUGGGCCUUCUUGUCCUGCCAUUUUGAAUAUUCAGGGCACACUGGAGGUGCAGUAUAGCUUCUCGUUACGUCCAAACCUAUGAGGGUAGUUCAUUGGGAUGGUUGACAAGCUACCCACAACCCUGUAACAGCCAGGUUCACACAUAACGAGAAGCUGGGGUGCGACUCUGCCAUGCCCCAGAUAUUCAAAGUGGUGACAGCCAUGCAACAAUUUCACCUACCGUGGCUUCUCAUUACCAGGUCAGCAUCUUGUCUGCUGUGGCUUUAGCUCUUCUUGGUAGCAGAAAGCAUCAAAUUGAUAGAGGAGUCACAUGCUGCUAAGGCACCUUAUUUUUCCUCCUUUCAUGUAGCAGCACUCCUAUUCCAUGUUUUGGCAGAACUGGGAUUUUAUUUCCCAAAUGCUGCAGUUCUA